AUGGAAGUUUUGAAAAAGGAAGAAAAGCUGUUGACUAAGGAGGAAGCUGCAGAGUUCUAUAAACAGCAUGAAGGUUCUGAACACUUUGAUCAACUGGUGGAAUUUAUGUCGAGGUAAUGAAAUCACUUCCUAUAAACACUGGGGUCACAGUACAGAAAGUCCUGUAGCUGAGAGUCCUUGGCCUUUUUUUGUUGCUCAUUUCAUCCAACCCAGAAGGUGUUAAUGUGGUUUAUAAAUACAGUAUAAGUUUAUUCCUGCCCUAUACUUUAACUUUGUUUUUACCUUAUCUUUCACUUGGUUUUUCUUUCUUUCCAAAAAUCAAGACAUUUCCGAAAAUCAGUCUUAAUCUUCCCUCUGAAAUCUAAUGGCAAUGUGGCUCUCAAUGAUUAUGUGUACGAAGGACAAAAGCCAUGGACAUGAUAUUUUGGCUGCAUACAGGUCCCUCAGACAGGUUUUUUUUUCACGUAUGCAAAAUACUGUCUUUAUUUUCCCUACCUUUUUUCCUGCUUUUUGUGCACACUAAUGAAGCAUUUCUUCUCAAGUGGCUGAAACAAAGCUGAUUGUGGAAAAAACUGGUUCUUUAAUUAAUUUUCAGUGGUCCAUGUAUGACUCUUGUGCUAAGCAAAGCCGAUGAAGCUAAUGCUGGCGAAGGUACCAUUGAUUAUUUCCGAGAUCUUAUUGGUCCAAAAGAUGUCAAUAUUGCUAAAGAAGAGGCCCCAGCCAGGUAUGUACUUAUGGUACAAAGUAACUUUCUGUUACUUAUAAUUAUGCGUCGUGACAAAAUUAUCAAUAACAAUACAUAUGGCUGCACUAAGGCGAAUUGUGUCCCUAUUCUGUGCAAACUGAUGUGAUUUAAUCACAUGUUCUUUUUUUUAGAGCUUAUAAACAUUGGUGAAGUCACAGCAAUUAAUUACUAAUAAACUGUUUUCUAAUUAGUAAAAAAGUAUGUCUUGAACCCAUUUGUUUGAUUGGACCUAUUUGUCCAUUUUCCUUACAUGUAGUAUGCAUUUCACUCUGUUCGUGUACAUGACUGUUGCAUUGCAAUUUGGUUGUUGUAAAAAUAUGCUUCUAAAAGGAAGUUGUGAAGCAUGUUGCUGUUGGUGAGAUGUGGGCUCGAGUUUAUGUACAUGUAAUUGAGUUUCUUGUUUAACAUCCAGAACUCUGAUUGAUAUUUGCAUAGUCUGGGGAACCGUAGCAUUCUUUGAUUGAAUAUUGGAAAAUUUUAAAAUUCUUGAUUAUGCAAUCAGAGGUACAUUGUACCUAAAGUUCAUUUAUAGUUCUCAAGUGAGAGUUCUCAAGCCUCCAAGCCUCCUUCUGUAGAUAGAAAGUUAGAAAGUUGUGAGUAACAGCUGUUAAUUUAUAGUCAUUGUUUUUGAUAUUGCAGCUUAAGAGCUCUAUAUGGAACUGAUACUGUGAAGAAUGCACUCCAUGGCUGUGACUCUGCUGACAGUGCAGCUAGGUAA